AUGGGUGAGAACCUCCUAGCAGCUAGUCCUUCCACACGACGCCCGCUGAUGCGGUACAGGGAGAAUACGAUUCGAUCCUUCAACACAGCUGCAGCCACCGGCGCAUCUUUUGUUGAAUUUGAUGUUCAGGUGACUGCCGAUGGCAUUCCAGUCAUCUGGCACGACGACAGCGUGCUGAUAUUUUCACGCGAGUCGGGGUUGCCUCAGCUGCGGGGCAUCUGCGAUCUGACGCUGGAGGAGUUCAAGCAGCUGUCGCCCGCUCACAGGAGCAACUCCAGCACCACAGCCCAGGAAAGCUGCGAAGAAAGGGACAGCUGCAGUGACAGAGUGAACAGCCAUGCGGGUGCUUCCACGAGCGCGGCUGAGCUGCCCUGUACGGGGCUGGGGCGGGUGUUCAACAGUGAGCAGGGCAAGCGCAUGGGCCAUGCCAUGCGGUGGGCCGUCUCUGAAGACGACGAGCUGCCCACCCUGGCAGAAGUCUUCCAGGGAGUGGACCCCUCUGUGGGCUUUGACAUAGAGGUGAAGAUGGCAACGCCCCCUGACAUGGCGGUGACACCGUCCCAUGAGGUGGACAGAAUGGUCAACGCCAUCCUAGACCAGGUCCAGGCAGUCGCCACUCACAGCAGCCGCCCCAUCGUAUUCUCCUCCUUCGACCCAGACGUCUGCAGGCACGCCUCGGCGCUGAGGCAGCGGCAGGCGCGCUUCCCGGUGCUGCUGCUGUCGGCCGGCGGCACCUGCUGGCAUGCGGACGCACGUCGCAUGAGCAUCGCAGCCGCCAUUGCAUUUUCUUUAGAGGCCGGCCUGCAAGGCUUGGUGCUGGACAGCGGCGCUGUGCAGCAGCAGCAGCCGGCCAUCGCAGCCGCGCGCAGCAAGGGGCUCAAGGUGUUGACCUACGGGCUGCAGAACAACGAUCCGGAGUGGGUGCGCUACCAGUACACGCUGGGCAUCCAGGGAGCCAUAGUGGACGAUGUGGCUGGCAUCAUUUCAGCCUUUGGCAGAGCGUCCUCUCUAAAGGCACCUGCUCUGGAGGAUGAGUAA